CCCUAUAACUCGCUCCCUCGGUCUCCCUCUGACUCACUCGGACUCGGGGGCCGGUGCGCGACUGAGCCGCUGCCUCUCGCCGACUUUGCCAAGCGGGCGCCUCCUGCCCGAACGGCGCGGACCCUGCGCCGGACGCAGCCCCAGGCGGCCGCCGAGCCCAGGCGGGAGCCCGAGCCGAGCCGAGCCCGCCGGAGCCGCUGUGCUGGACGCCCUGGAGGAACAAGGAGGCCUCCAGCCCCUCCUCUGCUAACCCCUCCCCCGAGGCCCUCCCGAGCCCCAGCGCCAGGGGCAGCAUGGCAGACAAGCUGAAGGACCCCAGCAGCCUCGGCUUCCUAGAGGCAGCCGUCAAGAUCAGCCACACGUCCCCAGAUAUUCCGGCCGAGGUGCAGAUGUCGGUCAAGGAGCACAUCAUGCGUCACACGCGGCUGCAGCGACAGACCACAGAGCCAGCGUCAUCCACCAGGCACACGUCCUUCAAGCGCCACCUGCCGCGGCAGAUGCAUGUCUCCAGCGUGGACUACGGCAACGAGCUGCCCCCCGCGGCCGAGCAGCCCACCAGCAUUGGCCGCAUCAAGCCCGAGCUCUACAAGCAGAAGUCCGUGGAUGGGGACGAUGCCAAAUCCGAGGCCAAGAGCUGUGGGAAGAUCAACUUCAGCCUGCGCUACGACUACGAGAACGAGACCCUGAUCGUGCGCAUCCUGAAGGCCUUCGACCUCCCUGCCAAGGACUUUUGCGGCAGCUCCGACCCUUACGUCAAGAUCUACCUCCUGCCCGACCGCAAAUGCAAGCUGCAGACCCGGGUGCACCGCAAGACCCUGAACCCCACCUUCGAUGAGAACUUCCACUUCCCCGUGCCCUACGAGGAGCUGGCUGACCGCAAGCUGCACCUCAGCGUCUUCGACUUUGACCGCUUCUCCCGCCACGACAUGAUCGGGGAGGUCAUCCUGGACAACCUCUUUGAGGCCUCUGACCUGUCCCGGGAAACCUCCAUCUGGAAGGACAUCCAGUACGCCACCAGCGAAAGUGUGGAUCUGGGGGAGAUCAUGUUCUCCCUCUGCUACCUGCCCACCGCAGGCAGGCUCACGCUCACGGUGAUCAAGUGUCGGAACCUCAAGGCGAUGGACAUCACGGGCUACUCAGGUACCUUUCCUCCCCGAGGGCCUGCCCCGUGGCCUCUCGGCAACCCAGAUGUUUAGAUUUGGAGAGAUGCUGAGAGAGAAGGGGGAAGAAUCGUCAGUACUCUUAGAUAGGAGCACAGCCCUGGAGGCAAACGGCCUGGCUGUGAAGGCCAGUUCUGCCACUUUGCUGUGGGAUGCUUUGGUUUCCUGACCAAAAAAAAAAAAAAAAAAAACCAUGAAAAAAAACCAC